AUGACCACCCGCCGUGUUUCCACAGCUUUUGAGAAUAUGCAAAGGAGGGAGUCGAUCCAGACACCCUCUACCCCCCGGAAACCCUCCCUGUUUGGUGAACCUAAGAAGUUACCGUCUGAGUCGGGGAGGCGACAAUCAUACGCCGCGGGGGAAAAACAAUCAAGGAGAAAAUCUACUGUACUGAAUCCCAAAAAGCGGCAUAAGGGAACUGAGCAGGCCGAAAAUGACUCCAUCAAAAAGACGGUGGUUGAGGAGGAGAUUGAUCCACAGGAAGCCUUCAGACAAGUCGUCCUCGACGCCAUCAAGACGGCUUUUGAAUUGGUCACCGUUAACGGAGAAAUCAACAUCAAUGUAGAUAACAUAUUCCCCCUGAUGAAAACCCUGGAACUGAACCCCAAUGAUGAACCCAUCAUGGAUAUGAUCAGGACGGCUUGUAUAGACACUUAUGGAAACAUCAGUGAGUUAGAGUGGGACGAUAAGGUGAUCGAGCAGCGAAGACAGGUGACGGGGGAGGAGUUUGAGGAAGAUCUAAAGUCCGCCUUCAGUUUGAUUGACAAGGAUGCUGAUGGCGUCAUUACGACGACAGAUAUCUACGACCUGAUGAUGGGGUUAGGAGAAAUGUUAACGGAUGAGGAAAUAGGGGAACUUAUAAAGACAGCGGAUCUAGACAACGAUGGACAGAUCAACUAUAGGGAUUUUAGAAUAUUUCUUCUCGGAGACACUGGUGAACCAAUCGAAGAGCCGGUGCGAGAGGAACCAAAGAAAGAGGAAACGGUUGAGGAAAAGAAAGAAGGAGAGGAAGAAAAACAGGAAGAAAAGGAAGAGGGUGAGGAGGAAAAGAAAGAAGAAGAGAAAAAAGAGGAGCCUAAAAAGUCUGAAUUAACUCCGGAAGAAAAAGCCAGGCGAGACAGGAGGAUGAAGAGUAUGUUGAUGGGAUACACAACGAUCCUCAAAGUUGGUGAGGACAAGAAAAAAGAGGAGCAAAAGAAAGAAGAGGAGAGGAAGAAAGAAGAAGAGAGGAAAAAGGAGGAAGAAAGAAAAAAGGAAGAAGAAAAGAAAAGGGAAGAAGAAGAAAAAAGAAAAGCAGAAGAAAAGAGGAAAAAAGAGGAGGAAGAAGCUCGACGACGGGAGGAGGAUGCAAAGAGGAGAAAAGAGGCGAGAGAAAGACGUGCUGCCGAGCUUCGAGGCGAAGUUAAUGUAGACUCAAAUACUGAUUCAAACAGACCAGGUUCUGGGGUCAUUUCAGUUACAGUUAAGCACCUAGAGUCCAUAACAGAAAUCGAAGAUGACGAAGUAGAUGCUGAAUCGAGGCCGGUGUCAGGAAGGCGACCAACCUCGUCUCGCCCUGUGUCAGGAACACCCAGUGCCCGGAGUAUACCAGAGGAUGUCACAAUCAUUGACGAUGAGUCGGAACACGAAUUUGGGGAGUUUAUGGAUGAUUUACCGUCUGGAAGAACGUCUUCAGCUAGGAGUCGUCUUCAGUCAGGAAAAAGUCGAUUGUCGUCUGCUCGGAGCAGACUUGGUAGUAUUCAUGAAAGGACACUGGGUAGUUCUGCAGACAUCAGUGAUUUGAAUUUGUCUGAAGAAUUGGAUAGCAUGGCUCUUUCCGAUGAUGAAGAGCCGAUAAAAAACAACAGGUUCACAGGCAGCAUGAGCGAUAGGCAAAUCUACUAUACUCAGAACUUUGACUCUCGUCAUGGCUAUUGUGAAAUUGGAACUGAAGACGACUUGCAAAAUGACGUGUCCGUGACGCAGUAUAGUAUUUAUGAAACGGCACCGCUUUUCGUAAAGUACAAUAAUGGUUUCCCAAUAAGACAACUACAGCGGUGUAAGUCAGCAAGUAAAAUACAGACGAUUAAAAGACUGGAACAGGGCAUUCUGAAGCGACAAAAUACAGAACCAACAAUAGACAUGAACGCAAUUCGGGAAGCCAACGAAACAUCGCGUCAUCCUCCAAUAAAAACAAACGCAAACGGCCAAGUGUGUUCUCAUAUAAACAUGAACCUACUGAUGACAACCGAUCAAAAGGAAAAUUUCUCUAGUUACAGCAGGAGUUUGAAUAGAAGACCUAGAACCGCCCCUGUUUUAAGUUCUAGGAUGAGGCAAUCCAUGAAAACACCGGAAGUGGACGAAAAUAACAACGGACUCAUGAACAUUGUAGAUUUAUCCCAGUCUCUUCAUAGAGAGGAUAUGGGAUACCCUGAAAAUCCGGACCUACCAUUGAAACAUUCCGGAUAUAAAUCCGUGUGGCCGCUCGCUAGGGUGAAAUCUGCAAGAAACAGUAAAAUCAACAAUGGCAAAAAUAUAGAAUUGAACUCUAUAUCUCGGCGACUUGAACGAGUAGAAGUUCCCUAUACUCGUCCCAAGUCUGCAUUUGAAUUAGCUAGUAACCAAAGACAUUUUUAUAAUGGACAAACUUUUAGAAAAAAUGGACAUCAGUCCAUUAUAAAUUUAGAAUUGCCUUACUGCCAGCAAAACAAUAUAAAGAGAAUGUCCAGGCUAUCAAGAAUAGCACACAAUAAGCCUAUGCGGGCAUAGUCUAGUCAGCUGAAAGCAUAAGUCAAUCAAUCUAUUUAAAAUAUGUUCAAUAAUAUGAAGUUUUGUUAUAUUAAAUAUUU